UCAGGAGUCAGAUUGUUAGAAAAAAAAAUUGCUUUUAGAGUACUUAUUUCGUCUAUUUAAGUUUUUAAAGUAACUCGUAGAACUAUAUAACCAAAAUGAGUUACAUGUUAGGACACUUACACAACGGAUGGCAAGUAGAUCAGGCUAUACUCUCUGAAGAAGACCGCGUCGUCGUAAUUAGAUUUGGACAUGACUGGGACCCAACCUGCAUGAAAAUGGAUGAAGUGUUGUAUAGCAUUGCUGAAAAAGUGAAGAAUUUUGCUGUCAUCUACCUUGUUGAUAUAACAGAAGUUCCUGAUUUUAAUAAAAUGUAUGAGUUGUAUGAUCCAUGCACAGUGAUGUUUUUCUUCCGUAAUAAGCACAUAAUGAUAGAUUUGGGUACGGGAAACAACAACAAGAUCAAUUGGCCUCUGGAAGAUAAACAGGAGAUGAUAGACAUAAUUGAAACUGUGUAUCGUGGUGCGAGAAAAGGUCGGGGUCUGGUUGUGUCGCCCAAAGAUUAUUCAACAAAAUAUAGAUAUUGAGUGUUAUUUUGGGAACUCAUAGGUCUGAUCUAUGAAUUAUUAUUGAUCUCUAAAUGGCUCUAAGAAACGAUGAGCUGAAAUGUAUAAUGAAUAUUUGUACAUAAUUAAGAUUUGUACAAAUGAAAUACUUGUUUUUAAGGAAAUAUAACAAUUAUACACAUUAUGUGCAUCUUGAGGGAGUUGAAAUAUUA